AUGUCUUCCCCGAAUCUUGGCUUCUCUCCGUGGCGGAGGAGGGCCUCGUCAUUAAGUUCCCAGAGAGUUGGCGAGAACAACCCAGAGAACCCGCUUCUUAGUCCCGGCCGAGCCUCACAUUCUGGUGGCGCAGACACGAGAGUUCUGUCGUCCUCAGUGAGUUCCGGUCACCGCGAGCCUAUCCGCUCCUUCAUCCACGGCACCGUGAGGGACCACCUAGCUCCUGUCGACAGCGCCCAAUAUGCUCGCAGUGUUCGCGAAGACACAGCUGAACUCGCAUCGUACCUUUUAUCAGACAAGAAAAAUGGCCAGAGUCCUUCUUUCCUCUCGCGCCAACGCUCACAGGCGUCACAACUCGCUCGAGAAACCGCAAUUUCGGAUAACGAGGAAGACGAGACAGCAAGCUUGCAUCCCACUAGCUCUGAGACCAUUCAAGAGCUUCCCGAACCCGCAUCGCCGGAGGAAGAAGUGGAAGGAAUCCCUGAGGAUGGCCCCUCCAUUUUGACAAGCUUGCUGAAGAGAUCACCACCUCAAUCGCACCGAGACCCCUCGCCUGACCCUCAGCCUCACACCCAGCCUUCAGAAUCUGAAACCCUCGAACCGAAACGUACAUUGUCCGCGGGCAGGUUGGGAAAUGAACCGCUGCUGUCGAGCGAUGUUGAAGUAGAUGAGCCUACCGAACAGACUCCCUUGAUAACCAGACUAUCAUCCAAUGGUUAUGAGACCAACGGAAGCACCAACAGGGUUGAUGUGGAAGGACAGAAGCAGGUUCCUAAAAAGCAAUGGUUUCGUGGUUUGAAAAAUCUGACUGUCAAUGUCGAGAAUCACAUCGUCAAUGGAGUCCAAAUUGCGACAAGCCCCAAAGUCUGGGACCGUCAAGUUCUAUGGCAGAAUGCUGUCGUGGCUCCGGUGUCAUGCUUGCCUGCUGUAAUUGUUGGAUUGUUGCUCAACGUCCUUGAUGCUUUGUCUUACGGCAUGAUUCUAUUUCCUCUAGGCAAGCCCAUCUUUGCUGGUCUUGGCUCGGCUGGCAUCUCCAUCUUCUACGUUAGCACCAUCGUUGCGCAAUUGACGUUCUCAUGCGGCAGUAUCUUCAGGGGCGGUGUCGGCUCUGAGCUUAUCGAAGUCGUCCCCUUCUUCCAUAAUAUGGCCCAGACGAUCACUGACCACAUCGGACAAGACAAGCCCGAUGCUGUGAUUGCUACCACCAUAGUCUCCUAUGCACUUAGCUCAAUGAUGACGGGAACUGUUUUCUACCUUAUGGGCAAGUUCAACUUUGGCUACAUGGUUGGCUUUAUUCCAAGGCACAUUUUGAUUGGCUGCAUUGGAGGUGUUGGCUGGUUUCUUGUCGCCACGGGCUUCGAGGUCUCGGCCCGCAUGGAUGGCAGUCUGGAGUACGACCUGGACACGCUCCAAAAGCUUUUUCAGACCGACACGAUACCUCUCUGGAUCACUCCUCUCCUACUCGCCAUCAUCCUAUUUUACAGCCAAGCGAGAGGAGCAUCGAAGUACUUCUUGCCGCUGUACAUCAUUUCCAUUCCGAUUGUCUUCUACUUCUUUGUAUUUUCAUUGGAUGCGCUUGAGCCUGAUUAUUUGCGCGAUCAUGGCUGGAUCUUCGAAGGGCCACCAGCGGAUGAGCCUUGGUGGUACUUCUAUACGCUGUACAAGUUCAAUCUCGUCGAGUGGGACGCCGUGCUUCAGACCGUUCCUGCCAUGUUCGCUCUGACCUUCUUCGGUAUCCUCCAUGUUCCUAUCAAUGUUCCGGUACUAGCUUUGCAAACUGGAGAAGACAACGCCGAUCUUGAUCGUGAAUUGAAGCUCCAUGGCUGUUCCAACUUCAUCUCCGGGCUCGUUGGCAGUAUCCAGAACUACCUUGUUUACGCCAACACCGUUUUCUUCAUGAGGUCUGGAGGCGACAGCAGACUUGCUGGUGUCAUGCUGGCAGCCUUAACGUUCGGUGUAAUGGUGAUCGGGCCCAAGAUUAUUGGCUUCAUCCCUAUUAUGAUGGUUGGAACUCUCAUUUUCGACCUAGGGUUUGAGCUUCUGCUUGAGGCUGUUUGGCUUCCAAGGAAAAAGCUGAAGCUGGCGGAAUAUCUGACGGUCAUUGUCAUCGUUCUCGUCAUGGGCAUUUAUGAUUUCGUUAUCGGCAUUGGUGUGGGCAUUCUGCUCGCCUUCGUGUCACUAAUUAUUCAGACGUCGAGGGUCCCAGCUGUCCGAGCCAGUUACACGGGCGAGAUUGUUGGCUCAACCGUGCGCAGAAACCCGUCCCAACAUCACUACCUCCAGGAAGUCCGUCGCCAGAUCUAUAUUGUUAAGCUUACGGGAUUUCUCUUCUUCGGCACCGUUGUCAGUGUCGAAGAAAAGAUCCGAGCUCUGAUUGACGACAGUGCAUUUGUUCAGAGGCCCAUCAAAUACCUCAUACUUGACUUAUAUCACGUUACUGGGCUCGACUAUUCCGCUGGUGAAGCUUUCAAUACCAUCAGCAGAAUUCUGGAUAACAAGGGCAUUAUCCUUGUGAUUAGCGGAAAGGAUGCGGAGAGCGAAGUUGGCCGGACCCUGAGACAGAUGGGACUCGGCAACAAUAGCAUCGAGGUCACACUGCUCCCUGACCUCAACUCAGCUUUGGAGAGUUGUGAAAAUGAGCUACUGAAGACGUUAUAUGCAAGCCAGGAGGAACUUCGGAGGGGCAACCGUCACGCACCAUCUGCGAACCUCGAUGUGCCGGCGAAGUCGGAUGGAGGAUCUUUUGACAUUGUUAUCAAUUCGCCACGGCGCAAUCAUCUCCAUGAGGCUGCUAGAAAUACGCUGGCGAACACAGAACCCUUAGGAACGACGAAAUGGCAGGGUUUCAAGGAACCUUUGCGGUUGAUGCUGCAAAUUUUCCAAGGACUAAGCGAGAAGAACGAAGACUUCUGGUUCCGAGCGGUCGGCUACUUCACGAAGAAAGAAUACCGAGCCGGAACCGUCCUCUUUACAAGAGGCGAACCCGCUAAGGGCUUCUAUCUAAUUGAACAGGGCAUCCUUCGCGCCGAUUACGAUCUGCCUCAGGGGUCACUGACGGAAAGCAUCGUGGCGGGCACAACGUGCGGUGAACUGCCCUUCUUCUCGGAGACGGACCGGACGGCCACGGUGACUGUGGAUAGAGACUGCGUGGUGUGGAGAAUGGAUAAGGAAGGAUGGGAACGCCUGCAAAAGGACCAGCCAGACGUUGCCCAGGAAUUGCUGAGAAUGUCGCUGAAGCUGACGAGCGAGCGUAUGACUUCCAUCACAUCGUACAUUCUGACCAUGGCGGGGUAG